AUGCAACAAGACGGUUGUCGCAAGCGAUUAAAAGAACGCAGGUUGGCGACGCAACAAGCUGUAGAAAAAUCGAAAAGACGGCGUCGAUCAAGUGAUGUUAUUGGCACGCCGAGAACGAAGGAGCACCAACAGCCGCAGAGUCCUCAGACCCCUGGGGCUCCUGCCCGGCGUCAGAAAGGUGGCGUGGUUGACUGGAUUCGAGUGCUAUCAGAGUCUCGGCUGAAGAGGACAUCUUAUCGACGGAGUCGUCGUGGUGGAAUAAGGGGUGAGGGGCUGAAAAAGGCUCGAGGUGAGUCUGAAGCGAAGCUAUCGACGGAGGAACAGAGUUCAUCGUCGGAUGAUGAGGUAUGUUGGGACAUAAAAGUAUCUUCGGAAGAUGAGGCAUACCUUGGAGGUGAGGUAUGUGUGGAAUGGCCUGUGUGGUGUCCGGAGACGUGGGAAUUACGUUGUACUGAGAGGAUUUGGAGUCCGGUUGAAGUUAUUGCUGCUCGUUUCGGUAGUUUUGAAAUGUUGGAUACUUUAAUUCAAAACCAUGACAGAGCUUGCCCACGAGGUUCGGAUCGAUCUUCAAGCUUGGAUUUGGAUGAUAGAGGACUGGAUAUAUUGGGUCAAAACGCCCUAGGUCAGAAUGCAAUGUGCGCACUUUGUUCUCAGCCUCCGGCGGAAGUUCUAAUAUUUGAGGCGCAAUCUUUGAAACCCGCCUUGUUACGUGAAUAUGGAGAAAGUCUGGACGUCUGGAAUGCCCAAGUCGUACUAGGAGGAGUACGGAGCUCUGAGAUUCUAGACUCACUGCUCUCCAUAGCAGAAAAACGCGAGGAAGAAAUGGUCCUCAUCGCGCUCACUCUCCUCCAGAAGGGCGUUGACCCAAAUCAACCAGACGCUGCUGGGUUCACUGCCUUUGACUACGCCAGACUCUUCAACCACGGACGAGUACUUGUAGAACUGUCGAACUCGAAACCUCAAAGAGCACUCAGCCUGUACCAUCACCGGUCCAAAAAGGCGAACCUCAACAAAGAAAAAAGACCCAAGAGAGAGGUACCCAAGAGAGAGGUAUCCAAAGCCACUGAGCUACACACAACAGACUCAGAGCUUACCGCCGGGGAACCCGGAAUCAACACGGGACUCGGAAUCAACACGGGACUCGAAACCAAGUCGGGACUCGAAACCAAGUCGGGACUCGAUACCAAGUUGGGACUCGAUACCAAGUCGAGACGGGAGAUAACGCUGGAGAUCCAUGAAACUGGUUUUGGCUGUUGUUCAGAUGGCACCGCCACCACUGACCGACCAGAAUACGAGGAGCUGGAAAGGCAAGACGAGGAGACACAAGGAAUAACAUCCGACAGCGAUAGUGGGGAUGAUGAUCGCGGUAAAGCUGUGACACCAAUGGAUACAAUUAAAAGAACGCAUUUCCCUCUUGAAGGGGAAUGGAAAAAUUCGGAGUGGAAAGAUUCGGAAUGGAAGGAGCCGGAGUGGAAGAGCUCAUUCACGUCAGAGUUCCCACUGGAAGGUCUUCCGAACAAAUUGGACUUGAAGGGACUGAGACUGGAGAUACCGGAGAUAUCGGAUUCUGAAGAAGAGCCGGAAGAAGGCGAGCUCAGCGUUACUGAUCUCUUUGGCGACAGUUGGCGUGCAGGACUACUUGCGACUGAAGAUCACGCUCAAGGCCACCUGCUAGAGAAUCAAGAUCAAUCGCUGAAAGACCAAGAACCGAUCAGGGAGCAUGUCGGUUCCAUCUCUAGUCUGGUAUCCGUCCAACGCACACCAAGAGUUCCACAAAACUUAAUGCUUACAAUUACCACCACUGAUACAGAAAUACCUGAUGUCAGCACCCCCAGAGCAUCGUUAGACAUCGCUGCGGAAGUAUCAUCCCCGCCGUUGCCACCGGAUACACUGCAAAGUUGCGCAUCCCACUUGCCCACAGCUUGCGAACUGUCUACGCGCGGGAAACGGAAAAGUCGACGUUUGAAUAAGAUCCAUUCUCAAGACGCUCGGACGACCUCCUUGUCGCCCGAUGCCUCGCUGGCCGAUAUUUGUACUGGCGAGAAUUAG